UCAGAGCAACGUUUCAGGGCAACGUUUCAGAGCAACGUUUCAGAGCAACGUUUCAGGGCUGUGCUUCCGUUGUGAAUCGUGGAGAGCAUCUGAGUACAAGCAGGCGACUGACACAACAGAAAACAUCAGCGCAAUGCUGCUUCUGCGACGCUGCCACAGCCUGACUCGCUUUGGCCCUCUCAACACUCAAAGGCUUCAAGUGGCACCUGCUGUGGCCUCAUGCGCAGGUCGUCUCUGGAGCAGCAGCAGCAGCAGUGAGGACCAGAGAUCGUACCAGCGGGCCCACGGGCCCAGCUGGAGACAUGGCCUGGCAGGACUGCUGGCUGGUACCGGGGCUGUACUGGCUUAUGGCCUCCACCACCACAAGGCUGAGCAGGAAGACACCAUUAGAGUGCAGGCAAUAGAGAAGACCUCAGCUUUUCCCAUCUUCAGCCAGGAAGAGGUCACCAGUCACCGCUCUCUGGAGGAUGGCGUGUGGGUCACUUACAAAGGUGGUGUCUAUGACAUCACUGAGUUUGUUGCCAUGCACCCUGGUGGGGAUAAGAUCCUGCUGGCAGCAGGUGGAGCCCUUGAACCCUUCUGGGCACUGUAUGCUGUGCACAACCAGGAGCAUGUGCUGGAAAUGCUCUCAGAGUACAAGGUUGGUGAGCUGAGUGCAGAAGACCUGAAGAAGCAGAAGACUAUUCAGACAUCGGACCCCUACUCUUCCGACCCCGAGCGUCACCCCGUCCUGCACAUCAACAACCUCAAGCCCUUCAACGCUGAGCCGCCUCCUGAAAUCCUCUCCGACAGCUUCAUCACCCCCUCGGCUUUCUUCUUCAAAAGAAACCACCUGCCAGUUCCUCCGGUGGACCCGGCUUCAUAUCAGCUGAUGGUGGAGGGACUCCCUGGAGGAGUGCUGACGCUGUCUUUAGAAGAGUUAAAGACUCGAUUCCCCAAACACACCGUGACCGCCACGCUGCAGUGUGCCGGUAACCGUCGCUCUGAGAUGAAUAAGGUGAAGCAGGUGAAAGGACUGAACUGGGGCAUUGCGGCGAUCAGUAACGCCACAUGGAGCGGUGCGAGGCUCAGGGAUGUGCUGCUGGCCGCCGGAUACGGGCCCGAUGUGGCCCAGCGGGCUGUCCAUGUUCAGUUUGAAGGUCUGGACAAAGACGUGACGGGGACCACCUACGGUGCUUCCAUCCCUCUGAACAAGGCAGUUAGUGAGGAGGGUGAUGUGUUGCUGGCUUAUGAAAUGAAUGGCGCAGAUCUCCCUGCCGACCACGGCUACCCCGUCCGCGUUGUGGUGCCAGGCACAGUGGGCGCACGCAAUGUUAAAUGGUUGGGGAAGAUCAUAGUGAGUGCAGACGAAAGCAGCAGCCACUGGCAGCAGAACGACUACAAGGGCUUUUCCCCCGGGACGGACUGGGACACGGUGGACUUCAAGUCUGCUCCGGCCAUCCAAGAGCUGCCUAUUCAGUCAGCCAUCACCACACCGGCAGACGGUGCUGUGGUCGAUCGCAGUUUGGAAGACGUGACCGUGAAGGGUUACGCCUGGAGCGGCGGUGGCAGAGAGGUAGUGCGUGUAGAUGUGUCUCUGGAUGGAGGAAAGACGUGGCAGGUGGCCCAACUGAAGAGCAGCGAGAAGGGACAAGCGCCUGAACCGUCGCCCCCACCGGGACGAGCCUGGGCCUGGAAGCUGUGGGAGGUAACGGCUCCGCUUCCUCCGGAGGCUCAGGAGCUGGAGAUAGUUUGCAAGGCGGUUGAUAACAGUUACAACAUGCAGCCGGACACAGUUGCUCCCAUCUGGAAUCUGAGGGGCGUGCUGAGUAACGCCUGGCACAGAGUGAACGUGAAGAUCAGAGAGGAUGAGAGCGAGGAAUAGACUUUACGCCCGAAAGAGUCAUCAGAGAGUGGACGUUGUUUUAAAUCUGUUACUAAAGCCGAGCUCAGGCUACAAGAGUUUUGGCCCGUUUUAACUCUGAUUCACCGCUGUUGACAAUCGGAGGGAGAUAUGCGGUCCGGGACGUUGGUCUGUACCAAUGUUCAGCCCAGAUUAUGGAGGAAUGUGAGGGUUUUACAGAACCAGUCUUAAACCACCCCAAACAUUCACAGCCUCAUCGGUGCCCAAACGUUCUAGCCCUCGAGGCUAACGUUAGCUAACAUACUACUGAAAUAAAUACUGACUCCAGACUCAUUUAGCCUUCUGCUUUUGUUUUUUGUCACUGCCAAGCAUUACUACAACAAUUUGUAGUGUCACGUCAAUCUCCGUUUUGAUUGCAUUUGCUUCCCCGUGAGAUCAUGAGAGAGAGAUCACGUGAUGUGUUGCGUUGCUCCUCUAAGCAUGAUAAUCUUAACAAUAAUCCCACCUUCAUUUUCAAAUCUCGUAGUGUGUGCAUGUUUGGUGUUAGAGAGAAGAACGUGUGAAGAUUCUCCUUAUGAUGCAACCCGGUUUAUAAACCGGAAAGGAUUUUAAACCCAUGUGGUCUGAGCCCGGCUUACCUCAGCAGGAACAGUGAUGGAGGAAGAAAAUCUGUUUCUUAAAAAAUACAGCAGGAGUUUUUGACAAACAGCUUUGAAGUAUUUAUGCAAUCAUGUUGCCUGUGAGAUUUGAGAUGAGGGUAAUUCAGUGAGAACGUUUGGUGUGUGAAUAAUACAUUUAUACUCAUUUCUAAUGUUUUUAUUGUUUAAUAUGUCUGGCAUGGGCUUCACGGGUACCUAAUGUACCCUUUGAGCCUGUGGGUGUUCCAAAUAAGCCAACUUAAUGAUUUGCUGAUAAAUAUAUAUUUAUUUAAAAAAAAUCUCAACAAUACAAACUUGUUCUAUUCAAAUCUGUAAUCUCUUUUCAUUUUGUCUCCACUUCUAUCCUCUGGCCUCUACAUGCCAUGUAACAGACAUGACCAGCCUUUUCACUGCGUCAUCAACGCAGGAAAAGCUUAACUUACAACUUGUCUUUGGAGGAUAAAUAGUUUACAAACAAAAUCAAAACUUUAAUGAAAAUUCUUCAUUAUUCAUCUUUCAUUACGUGUUGUCAUUUUGUCGGUAUAUCUAUCCUAUGAUGUGCUCUUGGCACAUCAUAGGUCAUUAAAUGACCUAUGACCUAACAUCACUGAUAUUUAUUUAAGGAUAUUAAUUAUCAGAAUUAUGGAGCUGAUUCAUCAGAUGAGAUCAAAAUUAGGGAGGAAAAUAAUUCAAAGGCCAAAAGUGAGAAAAUCACCAUUGAAACACAAUCAAGUGGGCUUAAUGGGAACAUCAGUGAAUUUAUAGUUAUGUCUUUGUACAUGACAUUCAAAAAACUACAUGACGUUAAUCUAUCUUAGGUGCACUGAUGGAACAUGAGUAGUAUAAAUGGAUCAUGCAAACUAAUGAUCCUCUACUCAUUCACAUCCACCCCACAGACAGAGUUGUUUUUGCUCGUGUCCCCACCAGGUACAAAUAAAAAUACAUACAGAUAAACCUACACAUUAUGGUCUAUUUAACAUUAAAUAUAAACUACAUACAAAAACUAUUACUGUACUGCUAUGCAGCUAUGGUAUUGAAGCAGCAUGUGGUCUGUCUGCUAGCGUGCUAAAGCUCACAUUUUGAUUUCAAGAGAAACACUAUUUCCUAUUGAAGUAAUAUUCUAACAUUUGUCUUCUUCAAAACACUAAUUGCUAAACUUUUGAUAACAAAUGAGUAUUUACCAAAAAGAGUAGCAAUAAUAAUCUGAUUGUACCGACAUCACCAAAGUUUUUCUGCAACUUCUUCUGGGAUCAGCAGGUGCAUGUCACACAUGUUCAAUGACUCAAUAGUGACAGAUUGAUUUACAAUAAAAAAGUGUAAUUUAUGAAACAAACUGUUUUAUUGGAAGCAAAAAAAGAUGUAGUGUUUUUUGACUCAGAAGUUGCAGGUGGGCUUAUAUGGUACGUGGGCUUCAGACCCUAUAUUAGCACAAAGCUGAAGUCUGUUAGUGACCGGAACAUGUCCGUCUUAUCUAGUGAUGAUGAUUCACUUACACUUUGGUCUUAAGUGAACACGUGAGUCUGUAAAUUCUCAAGUGUUUAUUUUGUAAUCUGUAUUGACGUUCUCAAUGCUGUAGAUGCACACACGAUAUUAAAAGGGUUGAAGUAAUUGUAUUAUUAAUAAUGCAUCGUAAUUUGAAAACCUAAUUUUAAGUUUAUUAUAUAGUCGUUAUACAGUGUUCACUUUAUUUGAGAAAGAACAAUUGGAGUUUACUGAGACUGGAAUCAACGUGUACGUUUUAAAACAUUGGAAGCGUUUGUUUAUCUGCUGCUCUGACUUUGCUGAUUAAUAACUUUUGUACGUGAGAAGAUAAUAAAAUAACUCUUUUAUGGGAAAAAGUUUGAUUAGCUUAAAGGAAAAUGAUCAGAAGCCAAUGUCUGUGGUGUAGAUCAUCAAUGCUUGUGUUUAGUCUGCAAAUCAGAAGUGUACUGUGAUCUCUGUGCACCAUUCAGCUUGUUGAGUUGCCCCGCACUGUCUCAACACCUCACUGUGGGGAUGUAGCUGUGGUUGCACCACAACACUCUGCAGAGACAAGUCGCUUUGUGACCACAGUUUUGACGACACUGUUUUAUGUAAAAUGUACAUUAUCGUUGAAGAUGACUAAAGAGUUCUAGUUUUACAGAGACUUCUGGUGUGUCAAUUGCUGCUCAGUGCCAAAAACUCAAAAAACGCUUGUGUCAGCUUUUAACAUCAUAGUGAUAACAUCAUAGUGAUAUAAUGUGUUGCUCAGCUUUGCAGUGCUUACAUUUUCCAUUCUCUGUUCCUCCCUGACUAAACAAUAUAAACUAUUGUUUAUAUUUAAUGAAAAGCAAAUACAUUUUUUCUGUUUACUUUUCUUCAAGGGUCAUUUUAAUUAAUACAAAAACAUUAAUAAUAUUACUAAUUGUAAAAAAUUAAUAUAUAAAAUUAUUUCUUAUGAAAUGUGGAACAUAUUUGGUUGCCAGUUAAAUUUAGGAUUGAUUUUAAGAUUCUUUUAAGAACUUUUGUCCAUACUGUAAAAGCCUUUUCUAUAUAAUGUCAUCUUUACUGGUUCACUGGUGUUCUCUGUUUGCUCGCUGUAAACUCUGGGAAGAGAAUAUUUGAAACCUCACUGUUUUAAUUUGACAAACUUUAAUAUGAUACCACUUUCACAUGUUGGUGAAUAUAUCAUAUUAUAUUAUAUUAUAUGAUGUUGUUUUGAAAGCUGAAGUUAGCUCUGCUAAAAUCCAGUAGCUGUCAACAUCAGGAGGCCAUUGUUUGCUGAGAGCAAUGCUAGAAUCUUGAACAAUUUAUUAUAAUCACCAAAAUCUUUGAUCCUCAUCAAAAUCUUUCACUUCUGCUUUUUCUUAGUACGUUUAUUAAAUGUUGUAACAGAAGAAACAGGAUCUAAGUGACUCAGACAGUCUUCUGAAAAAAAGAUGCUGCAGCUGGCAGGAAGAUGAACAGGAGGGAGGAAGGGAGGACAAGUUCAUGUAAAAGAUGAGGAAAGAUCAGGACAUAAGAUUGGAGGUAUAAAAGAAUGCAAUAGAAAAAAUAUAUAUAAUAUAUAAUAUAAUUCACAGUAAUUUGAGUAGCUCAAAACUGCACUGCUCAAACCUAUUAAGUGAUGUGAAGUGAAUCAUGAUGUUGUCACGAACACAAGUGGCCUUUUAUCCUGAAUAGGAUUAAAUGGAUAAAGAUAUUCGCCUGCACAUUUUUUCUUGGCCUGCAAGAGAGGUUUUCUUUUAUCAAAUGAAAGCAGAUAUAUUUCGGGGGUUUACGCACAUGAUAAAUGAUGUGGGACUCUCUUGUUUAUCUGUAUCCUGGGGCUAUUGACCCAAAAUUGCAAAGUUGUUUGGCAAUCAUGUUUGCUAUAAACUUUUCAUUCUGAUCCGUCUCUGAGUCAUAAAUGACUAAAAGUUUGGUAAGCAGAAAUUUGUUGUGCAGAUAAAGAAAACACAUUUAUGUGGCUCUGCAGUCGACCCCGACUGAGAUUUUAUGUAUUCUCUUGGUUCAGACUCCUGACGCUGCUAUGAGUAUGCACUACUCACAAACACUUAAAAUAAAUGAGAAAUAUCCGCUCCCGUCAGUAGCAGAUGAGACAUUAAUGUGGUAUCAAGCAAGAUCAUUUGGACAAAAUGUUCUACAUGCUCUGUUUACUCGUGGUGCACCAAACACUAGUAUGCUGCUGUGUAAUGUUUCAGAAACCUGAAACUGAAAUAAAUCCUAUACUGUACUCCCA